CCAGCCCCCCGCCCGGCCCGGCUCCGCGCCGCUCUCCCGCCCUCCUCUCUCCCUCCCUCCCGGCCGCGGAGCAGCAUGGCGGAGCCCGGGCAGCGGCCGCGCGGCCGUCCGCCGCCCCUCUGAGCCCGGCUCAGGGGCAGCUGGGCACACAGAUCCGACCCCCGCCCCCGCCGCGCCCGCCGCCGCACUUGUCCCACUGCGCGACCCCUGGAGUGCGGCGCACCCCUGGGACCUUGCGCGCCCCGGGUCGCCAGCAUAACCCCAGGACCCCGCGCACCGCGGGAUCCCAGUACUGCCCCAGGAGCCCCGCGCGCCCCUGGACCGCGACACCGCCCCGGGACCCCCGCGAGCUCUCAGAACCCCGGGGCUCGGCCCGACGGGGCUGCGCGCCCGGGUGAAGAGCUCCGCCCCAGAGGGUACCCCUCUUCCAACUGACGGAGCCCCGCCCCCGAGGGAACCCCAGGUUCGGCAGGGACGUCCAGCCACGCCCCAGAGGGCUCCCAGCAUCCAGCCACUGGAGCCCCGCGCUCCAGAGGAACCUCGGUGCCCAGCUGGGGGCUCCCCGCCCCGCUGAGGGGGCGCCGCCCAGGAGGGUCCCCCGCGCCCCGCGGGCCCCGGCAGGAUGCACGCCGCCCUGGCGGGACCGCUGCUCGCCGCCCUCCUCGCCACCGCCCGCGCCCACCCGCAGCCCCUGGACGGAGGACAGUGCCGGCCGCCCGGAUCGCAAAGGGACCUCAACUCCUUCCUGUGGACUAUUCGGCGAGACCCCCCGGCCUAUCUGUUCGGUACCAUCCACGUCCCCUACACGCGCGUCUGGGACUUUAUCCCAGACAACUCCAAGGCAGCCUUCCAGGCCAGUGCCCGCGUCUACUUUGAGCUGGACCUGACGGACCCCUACACCAUCUCGGCGCUGGCCAGCUGCCAGCUGCUGCCCCACGGGGAGAACCUGCAGGACCUGCUGCCCCGAGAACUCUACUGGCGCCUGAAGCGCCACCUGGACUACGUGAAGCUGAUGAUGCCCUCUUGGAUGACGCCCGCGCAGCGGGGCAAGGGGCUGUACGCCGACUACCUGUUCAACGCCAUCGCGGGCAACUGGGAGCGCAAGAGGCCUGUGUGGGUGAUGCUGAUGGUGAACUCGCUCACGGAGACCGACGUGCGCUCCCGGGGCGUGCCCGUGCUCGACCUGUACCUGGCCCAGCAGGCCGAGAGGAUGAGGAAGAGCACGGGGGCCGUGGAGCGGGUGGAGGAGCAGUGCCACCCACUCAAUGGGCUCAACUUCUCCCAGGUGUUGUUUGCCCUGAACCAGACCCUGCUGCAGCACGAGAGCGUGCGAGCUGGGAGCCUACAGGCGCCCUACACCACGGAGGACCUCAUCAAGCACUACAACUGCGGGGAUCUCAAUGCCGUCAUCUUUAACCAUGACACGUCACAGCUGCCCAACUUUAUCAACACCACCCUCCCGCCACAUGAGCAGGUGACAGCCCAGGAAAUCGACAGCUACUUCCGCCAGGAGCUUAUCUACAAGAGAAAUGAGCGGAUGGGGAAGAGGGUCAUGGCACUUCUUCAGGAGAAUGAAGACAAGAUCUGCUUCUUUGCCUUUGGAGCAGGUCACUUCCUGGGGAACAAUACAGUCAUUGACGUCCUUCGGCAGGCAGGGCUGGAGGUGGAACACACGCCCGCAGGGCAGACCAUCCGCAGCUCUGCUGCCAGGAGCCCUGCACCUCCAUCUGAGGGGACCUCAGUGAGCCCAGCCCCAGUGACCCCAGCUGCUGUUGUGCCCACAGCGCCCUCCGUGACCCCCACCACCCCACCCGAGGAGGAGGACCCAGCCCUGUCCCCACACCUCCUGCUCCCCGACAGCCUCAGCCAGCUGGAGGAGUUCGGGCGGCAGAAGAAGUGGCACAAGAGGCAGAAUAAACACCAGCGGCCACGGCAGUUCAAUGACCUCUGGGUCCGCAUCGAGGACAGCACCACCGCCUCGCCACCCCCGCUGCCCCUCCAGCCCACGCACAGCUCUGGGACCACCAGGCCCUCCUUCCAGCUCUCGGACCAGCUCCAGCAGCAGGAAGAGCCGGGCUCCGCCAGCAGCUCAGCGCCCGCCAGACUGCAGCCAGCCCUCGGCCUCCUCCCUGCCGUUGCCAUCUCCACCAGCAUUGCAGCCCCCUUCCUGCUACACACUCUUAGGCCCUCCUGACCUCGACUGGCCCAUGCAGAGAAGCCAGAGAAACCACAGGAGGGUCUUUGGCCACACCCCGCUGCCCCUGCCGUCACCUCCAGGGGCGCCUGACUCCUCAUGCGCAGGCAGUCCAGACGGGAUCCGUUAGAACACUAGAGCUUUAUUGUGCCCAAGUUACAUCUUCUUUUUUGUAGAAGGAUCUUAAUUUCCCAUAGUGCUAUGGGGUUCUUUUGUAAAAUACGUGUCCAUAUUAAAAAAGAAAAAUGUAUUUAUUCCACCGAUAAAACUAUUUUUAUGUGGCCUAUGUUAAUAACCCCUUAAUUAGCCCCAGCACCAACCCAGGAGGUGAACCCAGGUUGUCAGGACACCUGUGACCUCAUGCAGACAGUGGGUUUGAACUUGCUUCCUCCUGGAUCAGCAGAAGCCUCCAGGGUCUGGGUUUGGCUUCUCCUACUGUGGGGACCUCAGAGGGAGGGGCAGUCAGACAGGCUUAGCUUUUGUGAAGCUGGAUUUGGGAGUCCGAGAUGUGAACGCUGACAGUCCUUCCCUCCCCUGGAUGCAUCCUAGGGCUGGGGAGAUACUUUCGGAAAGAGAUGCUGCUAUUUUGAAACCCCUGGGUGUCUGUGAACAGACCUCCAGAAUUCUUGGUAAGUGUUUUGAACAAAGCACUGGGGUGGGGGGGGAUGUUGGUGCUGAGGGAGGUGGUUUCCCAGCCCCAUGUGCCUGAUGGUUAAACCGAGAUCCAGAGAGAGGACGGGGGUUGUCCAAGGUCACACCGCAUGUGGGAGAUCCAGGAUGUGAAUCCAGGCCUCUCUCUUCUGACAGCAUUAAUCCAGCUUGGGUUAUAGGAGAUGCUACUAAAGUCACAGCCACAUGGAAUGAGCUGGGCUGAAGGACUGGAGUGGGCACAGAAGGGCAAUUCAGGGACAGGGGCUCUAGGAUUCACAUGGUAACAAUUGUAAUGAGAGCCGCCAUUUGUCCAAAGCCCGCAGUGUGGCAGGCACUUUGCACACUCACUUUAUCCCUGGUCCUCACACCAGUUCUAUGAGAGGCAGUUAUCUCCACUUCACAGAUGAGGAAACUGAGCCCCCUAAAAAGGUAAAGGGACUUGCUCAAGGUCACUCAGACAGAACAUGCCCCAGAUCAAUAUGAUUCAAAAGUGAUUCUUGUCUCUUGGGUCAUGUUCUGCCAUGCUCUCUACACAGGGAAGCUCCCAGGGAGGUGGGUGGGCCUUGCCCCAGUGGGCCAGCACAAGCUUCUUACUCCAGCCAGAGAGUCUGUUGGCCACAGUUACUCAUGUUGGUCACUCUUGCCAAAGGGCUCUGUGCGUGCCACGUGUCCCAUGCCCCAACUCAUCUUGGAGCCAGUGAAAGGUCUUUCUGCCAAAUCAGAGGAUGGGGAGUAGGGGGCAGCUGUGGAAAGUCUGGGAAGCAGGAAGGCAGCCAGAUGGGGGCAGUCAGGCCACUACAACUCAGAGAGACUGACCUCACUCCUCUGCCCCCAAGGUUGUGGCCGAGAAGGCAGAAGACCCAGUGUGGCUGCCUUCCUGCUAGCCCUGAACCCCCAAUGGGCUAACGGCUCAUCAGUUAGAGGAUCCUGGAACACGAGAACAGAAAGAACCUCUCAUGUGACUGAUAAUAAUUCCUGUAAGGGUAAUACUAAGGCCCACACAGAGCAGAAUUUCCCCAAGGCUGCACAGCUGGGUGUCUGCCGACCCCCAGACCAGUGCUCUCCAGCAUCCCUGCACCAUGGCUUUGUUCCUCCAGCAGGCCUGGUAGUGACUGAUUAGCUCAGUACCUUCUUGCCCAGCAGGGCAGCUGUCUUCCUUCUGAGGUAGUAGAAUUCAGGGCAGCUCACUGGAUGGUCAGGGGUCCCAUUGGUAUCUUGGCAGGCAGCUGAAUUCUUUUCAGCUCAGCUCCGGAUGGAUGUGUUUGAGCUUGAGACCUGGCAGGAGCCCUGAGCUUUACUUCAGAGGGUCCAGCCAGCCCCAUGGGCACCAUGCUGUAAACUGAACUUGACCUCAGCCAGGGUUUAUCCUUGGCAGAAACGUGACUUCCUAUUUCUGAGCAGGAAGGGGCUUAGCUGACUUAUAAAGCAGGCUCAGAAGGCCUGGGGGACAUCAAACACAUCGUGCAGAGCACUAUUUGGAUGAGAUAAGUGUAAAGGAAUUAGAAACACACAGGCCAGAUUUCCCUCUGUUCAGGGCAGAGUGUGGCAUGCAAUGUAUUGAGAUGGAACUUGAGGUUAAUUAAAGAUGAAGCAUUUGGGUAAACAGUCCAGGCACCUGACUGCGUGCCCAGAUCUGUGCCAGGCACGGGGCCAAAGAGGUAAAUUAAUGCAGUGUGUGAUUAUCAAGCACACAUGGUGCCCACCUCUGUGUUGGGCCCGAAUCUACUUACCUUUCCUGACCUGGAGGAACUGCACUGAGAGGGACAAGCAGCACAGUCCUAGAUUCCUAGAAGGAGCUUUGAGGUUAUCCUGUCCAAUCCCCUGACCAGGCAGAUUCUGCUCUAGUCUUCUCAGGACUCCUUCUCUGGGCAGACUGGGGGAUUCCAUACUCUCCCUCAAAUAAGCACUCAAGUGUCUCAAGAAAGAUAGAUGAGCUAACUGAUUAGGUGGACAUGUACCCAUGGGAUAGCCAGAGCCAAUGCGGGUCAGACAUCUGCAGCCUGAGUUUGCUGAUCUCCGAGGACCACCCACUGGCCAGGGUUUGAGCUGAACUGUACUCGCUGCUUAUACCCCAGAAGACCCAAGGCUCAUUUACAGAAGUCAGAAUGGCUGGGGCACAUGCAUUCUCUCACCCUGGGCCGGAGAGCCCCAUUCCAUCAACAGCGCUCACAUGCUUGGAAAUGAUCUUUCCACCACUACUGACAUUUUUUCCAGCAUGAUCUGUGUGCUUAGCCUCAUAAAAUGCCCCUGUUGUUCUGAGAGCACCGUGUAUACUUCUCAAGGCUUUCCCAUUUGACCUUGAAGCAGGCACAGAAGAUAGAUGGACUGAGACCCAGUAGGUUAAGUGAUCUGCCUAAGGUUAGGCAGCAGGUUAGUGGUGGCUUUAGGUCCCCUGUCUCUCAGGAAACCUGACUGAAUGACCAAGGAGCUUUCUGGGGCUGGUCAGCAUGGCCAUGUCUUCUGGUCUUCCUCCCUCCAGGCUGUUCUGACACACCAGCACCCAGGGAAGGCAGGGAUCAUGAAGGGGCAUGCUCAGGCUGCAAGGAGCUGCACAGGGCCAUCACGGACCCCACCAUCUCUGAGAUUCAAAAGAUCCGGAAGAGGGUAGGAAGCAUGGAAACCUGUACCGACGGGCAAGUUUGCCUUUGCUCUGAAAGGCCAUUGGCGAGUUUUCCUCACGCUGAAUGCUCUGUCAUCUACUUCCUGGCUUCAAACAGACUUGGGCAAACCUAGAGGCUCAGGAUCCUUGUUCCACCUGCCCAGUCUCCAGUCUGCUGCCACUAUCACAACAGAUACCGAGGAAAGGUCCUCCACCAAAAGGACAGCUUAUGAAAAACACAUUGAUGGACAAGAGAACUACUUGGGAAUUGCAGCUCCUGUGUGGCAGAGAAGAGAAUUGGAGCUGAUGAUAGUGUCUCAAUGACCGUGGGAUAAGAACCAAAGUCCUCAGCAUGGCAUUCUAGAUUCUCUGUGAUCUGGCCCUCCUGGCCUUGACAGCCACAUUUCUCAUCUCUCCCACUCUGUCCUGACCAGACUGAACCGAAUUUGUCAUUUCUAGAAUAGGCAGAAUGUUUCACACAUGCUGCUUCCUAGGCCUGGAAACACUUACCCGUAACUGCUCAUUUUUUUUUUUUUUUUGAGGAUUAAUGCAGAUGACACCUCGUCCAGGAGGCCCCCUGUGAUUCCUUUGUGCUUUCUUAACAUCUAUCACAACACCCACUGAGACUGAUUAAUUGCCCAUCUGCUCUCCAAUUGGACUGUGAGCUCCUUGAUGGCAAGAGUCACAUCAACUCACCUUUGUAUCUUCAUCUGACACAAAGAUGGCACUCAAUAGCUGUGUAGAAAGAAAAAGAAAGAGGAAAGAAGGAAGGAGAAAGGCAGACGGUAGCUCUGCUUUUGGAGUAGCUUCUUAUACAAAGCCAAAGUUGUCCAAGGAUGUACAGGUGCCCCUGCAGAUGGUGAGUUUCCUGUCAGGAGAAGUGUGUGAGCAGGGGCAGUAGGCCCACUGGCUGAAGACUUGGUAGAAAGUUGAAGUCUUGGCAAAGGACUAGAGUAGAUGACAUGGAGAGUCCCUCCUGCCUCUGUUAAUGCUCAGGUUCUUUGAACAUUGUUAUUUUUUUAAAAAAUUUGUCUAAGCAGCCAAAAAUAUCACCCGGCUGCCUGUCUAAACCAAUAAGGUUCAGGAACGAGUCCAGCCUCACACCACAGUUCUUCAGCAGCGUAGCCGGGCCUGACGGGAAUUGGCAGGCUUGCCAGUUGCCUUGGGAUAGGGGGACUUCUGGGCUGUGGGGGAAGGCAGGAACAGAACGCAGGACCCUGGUCCCAGCACGGAGCUCAUUGCUUCCCUGUCCCUGACCCUGGGGGAGGGAACAGAGGGGUCAUGAGAGCCAAUCGAGCCUUACCUGUCCCUGUCCCAGGAGCUUCUCCUACACUUUCUCUGUAGCUUUUCCUUUCCAGAAAUACUCUGGAGAGUCCUUUACUUUGCUGGGUGACCUUGGGCAAGCCCCUACCGCUCUCUGAGCCUCCAUUUCCUCAUCUGUCAAACAGAGGCCUUAUUUCCUACCUAAGGUAUUCUGGAGGGACAGGAAAACGCAGUGUGCAAUUUUGGGGCUCCAUGAAGGUGAGGUGCGACCCCUCCCAGGGAUCAGUGCUCAGCUUUUCUCCCAGGACCCACAGGCUGCCAUGGGAUUGGGAACAUGUGGCAGGCAGAAGAGGUGACAGAGUAGCACGCUUCAAAGAGCCCCUCCUUCCCAAGUCCCACUAAUGGGAAAGUGGCCUUUGAAUGGGACCAGAGUCUAAGAAGUUUCUGGUGGGGCUUUCAGACAUCUUGGGCCCCCAUAGCUGGGGUGGCAGAGCCUGACUCCUGGCCACGGGAGGUUCUAGCCCAGAACAGAGGAAGCAGAGCUUCUGCCUCAUUCCCGGGCCUCUGAGAGUUUGCAGGAGGUCUCUGCCUGGCUCUCACUGUGCGGCACACACUUGGGACCUUAAUGUAUUUGAAAGUAUUCGUGAUGCUGUUCUUUCAGUCACCUCUUCCCCUCACCUCUGUGAAUUAUCAUGAAGAGUUCUUUAAGAAUAUAAUAGAAGACAAAGAAAGAUGCUAUUAAUGUUAUUUUGCCAAAAAUAUUUUUGUAGCAUAAUAUAUUAAUA